UACAGUGAGAGAGUGAGAGAGAGAUAGACAUAUUCUGUAAGAGCUUCCAUUGUCAUCAAGCGCGAGACGUUGUCGUCGGUGUUGUGUGUCCCGCAGACAGGGGCAAUGCUGCUGCGCAUCACCGGCAAACGCGACUUGCCGCGCUAAGAGGGAGAGUGAGAUAGAGAGAGGCUGUGCCGUGCUGUUCAACCGAAGCACGCACGCACACACACGCAUACACACACAGACACAGACACCCUCAAACACGGACUUGUUGGCCCCCACGCGAAGGCAAAGCCCCGCGAAAGCGCGCAGCGCGCCAACGUCGCGCAGCUCAUGUGGUAUUUUGGUGUUGGCCGCCUCGCGCAGUUCUGGGAGUGGAGUUCUAAAAACAGCAGAGUGUUUGGCAACAUUCCACCCGGAGGUUUGACAGAUCAGUCCUAAUCAGCGCGAGGAGCUUGACGAACACACACGGCAGAGCAGCACACGGACAGAAGGAAACAUGGGUCGGAAAAAGAUACAGAUCUCGCGUAUCACGGACGAGAGGAAUCGUCAGGUCACCUUCAACAAGCGCAAAUUCGGAGUGAUGAAGAAGGCGUACGAGCUGUCCGUCCUGUGCGACUGCGAGAUCGCAUUGAUAAUCUUCAGCUCGAGCAACAAACUCUACCAGUACGCGAGCACCGACAUGGACAAAGUUCUACUCAAGUACACCGAGUACAACGAGCCCCACGAGUCGCUCACCAAUAAAAACAUCAUUGAGGCGCUCAACAAGAAGGAGCAUAAGGGCGCAAUGUCGCCCGAGUCACCGGAGCCCGACGCGCCUGAAUACAAUCUGACGCCACGCACCGAGGCCAAGUACGCCAAGAUCGACGAGGACUUCCAGAUGCUCAUUAGGAAUCAGAACGGCUCGAGGGCGAUGGGACAAUCCAACUACACUCUACCAGUCAGCGUGCCUGUCAACAACUACGGUGAACAAAUGCUCGGCUCUAGUCCGCAGAUGGCACACACCAGCAUUUCUCCCAGACCUUCGUCGUCUGAAACGGAUUCAGUGUAUCCACCGGGGAGCAUGCUGGAAAUGAGCAAUGGCUAUCCGACCUCGGGUUCGCCGAUGGGCGGUUCGCCGUCGCCUGGACCGUCGCCAGCUCUCGGAGUGCCCGUUUCCAAGAAUCAAGCUUCGAGGCACUCACCUCAACCGCCACCGCCGCCACAUCCGCACAGGGGCAACUUGCGCGUCGUUAUACCAACGCCACUCGCUCAGUCGCUUGCCGAAGACGCCAGUUACGACGGCGGCCAUCCGCAGUCAUCGCUGAACACGCCAGUAGUAGCGUUACAGACGCCGACAGUGCCGGCAAGUUACACCAGCUUUGGGCCGACUGAUUACUCAACGGAUCUCGGCAGUCUUGCAUGGACUCAUCAGAGGUACGUUGAUGACUUGUCAAUGUAUUCAGCAGCCACCAUGUCCAGUAUAAGCAGUCUUCCUCACUUGGCGGUGUCGAGUAGUACACCACCGCCGUCGACGUCGCCAAUUCCUGUCAAGAUAAAGAGCGAACCGAUCAGUCCACCGCGAGAUCCACACGGUGGCGGUUCAAAUGGCUCCGUUAGUGGUCCAAGCAAUGCAUCCGCCGCCAAUCUUCACCAUCCCGGUCACACGAGCCUAAACGUAAGCGGUCCGUCAUCGUCGUCGGGCGGUGGACCACAAGCACCGCCGCCGCCGCAUCACGUGAGUCAACAGCCGCAGCAGCAACCGCAGCAGCACGGCGGUCCACAAACGUUGAACCUUGUGUCAGUGAAUAGGCCAGGCAGUAAUCCACCAUCGUCAUCGCAUUCGGGUAGUAUAACCCCGACGAACUUACCAUCGCCUGGUGCGCAUCAAAGUCAAUCGGUCGGGGAUAUGCGCUCGAGCCACGGUAAUCCAGCCGGUGGAGGUGGUGGUGCCGGCAGUGAUUACGAAAAUGGACCGCUCAUGAAACGCUCCAGGAUCACCGAGGGAUGGGCGACUUAAUGGUGCGCAAGCUCAAUGCCAGCAGCGUCGUCAAGCUCAAACGUCGGAAGGCCGAGCAGCACAAGCCGUUGCUACGAUAACUAUUUCGAGUCAUCGUCGGUGAUGAGCUUCGCCUCCGCGCGUUACACCUGAACAAGAAAAACAUAAAAAAUAUGACGAAAGACAAGAGGAAUAAGAAGGGAAAAAGAUAACGAAUAUAACGCUAUUUCUAAUUGGUAGUGACGACAAACGUGAGAGCAGGGUUGCACUUGAGAGAGAAAGAAAAAAUUCUUUUCCGUUCGAUUUCCUUCCGCGACGCGGCGACCUCGGCAGCAGACAAAUCCGUUAUUUAUAUUUUGUUCGCGCGUGACAAGGAAGCGCAGGAAUAGAGGAGUGAUUGUUUGAUAAUGAAAGAUAAAAAGACAAACAAACAAACGAUGAUGAUAAAAUGUGGUGCCAUAAUGUUAAAACUUUAUAUAUGAUAUAUAAUAUACGAAUAUUAUAUAUACACACAUAAACGCGCGGUAAGGAUUAUCUAUAUAUAUAUAUAUAUAUAUAUAUAUAUAUAUUUUUUCAUGUAUAUAAAUAAGAGGUGUUGUUUGUAUAUAUACACACAUGUGUCGCAAAGUAAGCGAGAAAGAGAGAGAGAGAGAGAGAGAGAUAGAGAGAGUGAAUACGCGAGAGGUUUCCCUUUUAAUAUGCGGCGACACACUAGCUGAAUGUGCAAUGAUGCUGAAGGAGAAACUAUGUAACACAAAGUGCGCGCGGAAAACGCAUUUUUACCGCAUCCGCAGCACACACAAGCGCGCGCGUGCACAAUGUUGUUGUGUUUAUUGUACUUGGUACGGUGGUAAUCUCUCUCAAGGCGGCAUAACCCGUUAAUAUCAUAUAGCUCAUCUCUCUUCCUUUUUUUUUGUUUUCUUUCCCUUCUUUUAUCUAUUAUAUCUACUUUUUGCCAUUCGAGCGGUGGUUACACAUCAACAUUUGUGCGUACUCGAUCUAGUCAUUUAAGUCGUAUCCUUCUUAAUUUGCUCUUUUUCUUUCCUUUCUAUUACAUAUAACUUUGAUCGAUUGACCCCUUUUCUUUCUAUCAUUUUUUUGCGCGAUUUUUUUUCUAGAUUGAUAAAGAGAAACGAUAUUCAUUUUUUUGAUUUUAAGUUUUAUGUUUUUAAUAUUCUUCGUGUAAGUAAUGACGAGGAUCUCACACGCGUGCAUGAUGAUGAUUCUGUUCUGCUAAUAUAUAUAUGAUAUAUAUUAUUUUUUUGUAAUUUUUGUGAGUUACAUUAACGGUCUAUGCCUGCUGAUUGAUACGUGAAAGUCGGCCACUGUACUCAAAUUAUUCAUAUUAUAUGAGAACAAGAUUCGACAUUAAUAUAUUAUAUAUACAAAUAUAUAUUAUUAAAAAAAUACUAUUUGGUAGAUAGGCGUAUACUCUAUAGCAUUGUUAUAACGAAUGUAUUGACAAACACAAAUUCAGACAUUAAUGAAAAAAUAAAAGUAAUAGACCUAUAUAUAUGACUAUAUUGUGCAGUCAAACUCCUCAGGUUACCUGUUGAUUGAGGGAUAAAUUUCAAUGUUUGUGCAAUUAAUCGGUCGAUGAAUCGAUUUGUUAGUGAACUGAAAGGUCUGACUGCAUAAAAUUUUUCACGAGUAUUUUGCACAUUUGAUAUUAAAGUAAAAAAUAAAGCUAAUGAACGAUUACUUAACAAACCAUACGAAGAUUAUAAACGACAGAAACCUUUUCAAUGCCUAAAUUUUUUGAAAAUGAAAAACAUCUGACGAGGGCUCAUCUCACAAGUAUGUGUCAGUUUUUUAAUGUCUGUGAAAUGAAAAAUCAAUUACGGAACGAUUAUUCGUAUAGAUUGGCUAUUGCGUGUAAAGAUGAACAUUUUUUUCUAAAAAGUCAAGCGAUAAUUGUGCUUAACGAGGAAAAGUCUAAAAAAAAUGAAAAUUUUCAAAGUUUGUAUAUAUACCGCGUAUAUACUUUUCAUCGCGACCGCAAGUUCACGAGGUCGCAGAUUGUGUGAUGAUUUAAAUGAAGAACCAAACGUUAAUCUAACGUUAAGAAAUUAAUCUUUAAGAUGUAAGCGAUACCAGUUUUUAUCGAGUAGACCAACCAAAUUGCUUGUCCAAUUUUAUACACGUGGUAUUUAAAAUAUCGCGUGUAUCAAAGUGCGACAACAACCGAAUUUAGCGUUGCAUUAUUGUUCUAUAUAAAAGAAAAAGUUAAUAAUUAUACGUUGAAUAAAAAAAUUGUAUCAAUAGCGUGCAACGAAACGGUGAUUGAUUUACUAACGGUUAAGAUUGGUAUUUAAAAUGUGAAAGAACAAAGAGAUGCGCGCGUAAAGUCUUUGUAAACAAUUAUAGAAUAAAAGAAGAUAUAUAUUCAGAAAAAAAUAAGAAAGAACAGUGGUACUCGUUGAAGCGUACCGAUAUUUUCUCUGGAGCCUUGAACUCUAUGCCUUAAUAAUCCUUAUCAUUAUCUCGAAAGACAUAUCCUCGUGAGAACUGCUCUCGUAUGAAUAAAUUCGAAAUGAAAAAAUAUGUGUAAAAAAUGGAAGCAAAUUACAUCAGUACAAUUUAAUUAUAUAAUCUUGAUGGAGUACACAGGUAAUUCGAAGUAAAUAGUGCCUGGCACCGUUUGUGGCCCUCCUGUCAUUUAAACUAUAUCGUGUAAAUGAUUGUCAGAACGAGAGAGUGUUUCUUUAUGGCGCAUAUAUUAUAUAUAUAGGCAUCUGCGACUUUUUUUUUCUUUUUGCGUUUAUUUUUCCAUUUCUCAAAUCCAAAUGAGGCUGCGUUGAAACUUGUUACUUUGAUCAAAUGCAGAUGAUUCGUUAUUAUCAAGUAAAUUCAUUGUGCUUUCGCGUGAGAUCGAAAGUUCAUUUUUUUCCGUUUUUGCCAGUGUGUUUAAUAUAGAGAGAAAGCAACAUGAUUAUUCACCGUUACACAUAUGAAUAUAAAUAUAUAUAUAUAUAUAUAUAUAUAUAUGUACCUAUAUUGUAUAACUUCAAGUUUUUAAGGUAAUCACAAAGUGCAAUCUCUUAGCCAACACACUUUUUAUCAGAGAAAAGACGGGCGAGAGUAAAGAAUAAAGUUGUUAUUUUUCAUAAAAAGAAAAAGAAGAACGCUGAUGUUUUGAACGUAUUUUCUUAUUGGCGCAGAAAAUUGAAAAAUCUUGAUUUUAUAAAAUGCAAUCAUUGCGUCACUCUCUGUCCAAGCCAGUGUGAUUAAUUGUAACAAAACAAAUAAGUAAACUAUGUCGAUCAGGAUUAAUGGACCACUCGAUGUUAAACUGUAGAUUUAGAAAUGAAAAGAAAAACUGAUGCGGAGCCGGACAAAGCUGCCAUAGUCGAGUUGUUGUGUUAUUUUUAUUUUUUAGUUGUGUAAAAAACGAAGCUUGUUUUUAUUUGUCUAAUUUUGCGAAAAAAGCUGUAAACUCAAAACACAAAAGCUUUUGUAUUACGAGAUGACUAUCACUGGAGAUUAUGCUGAGUAGAAGAAUAUUAUGUAAUAAAGAAAACGUUUGCAAUAGUAUAACUCAAAGUUUUUUCUUCGAGAUGCAAUUGUCCGGUGUCCGAUUCUGCGUACACUAACUCACAAUCAUGUAAACAAUGUGAUUCGUUUGCUUGCUUAAUGAAAGUGGAGAAAUUGCAUUUUUUCCGAUAUGUACCUAGUUAACUGUGAAGCUUUUUCGAGAGAAAAAGAGACGAGAAAGCGAGAAAGAGAGAGAAAGAAAAGAAACGUUGUUGCUUACGGAGUCUAUUAGCCAAAAUCAGGGUAUACGUUGAUUUAUUUUGAAAGAAAAAAAUAGAAGAAGCAUCUAUCGCACGAUUUAAUUUUCAUAGCAAAGUCGGCAAACUCGUCGCACAAUGGGAUAACGCGGUAUUGUUGUUGAUAAACGGCACGUCAACGUGUAUAGCGCAAAAGUUUCUUGUAUGUAAAACAACGUUAUAUAUUAUAUAUAAAUGGUAUGUACAUACACGAAAAAAAUGACCACACCCAUAAUUACACACACACACACGCCACAUAGACACAUACACAUACAUUAAAUGUACCUAUAUAACGAUAUAUUUUUCAUUCGGGGACGAGUGAAUCCAAGAAGGCAAUUGCGUGUGUGUAACCGUAGUAUUAGUUUACUCGAGAUAUUGCGGCUCUCCGCCCAAGCGUAACAAAUUUUCUUCUCUUUAUGCUUGGACAAUUGAAAUGCGGACCACUAAAAUUGGCGAUCGUUUAUUUUUCAAGUCAAUACAUUAGUAGCGGCGUAUGUUAAGUCAACUCAUAUAUCAGAUACAUGCAAUGCGAGAAAGAGAGAGAAAAAAAAGCUUAGCGAACAUUUCCGAAGAUUUUUUUAACAUAUCCAGUGAAAAUAACAAAUAAGUAUAAAGAUCUUCGCGUUUCAACGAAGAUUUUUGUACACCGUGUCUCCAUUUUUCUCAUUUCUUCUGUUUCUUUCUUUUCCGCUUGAACGUGCUUUUCUUGUCAGAUCGACGGUGACUCCAUAGAAAAAUAUACGUAACACGAAAAAAAAAUAUAUAUAUAGUCGCAGGAAAGUAAUAGAAAAAAAAUAUACAUGAAUAGGUAAGCUCAUAUAGUGCCAUUGUAAACUCUCGCCUUCUCGUUCAGCGUAUAUACAAAAGAAAAAAAUGGAGAACGCACACAGACACAAUUUAUACAGGCAGAACACGUACGCACGAUAUAAAACGCACUAAAAAAGGGAGUUAAUUUGUGAACUCCUAAAAUGACGUAUCUCAUGUUUUUUGCUGGUGCUCGACGAUUGUUGAAAUAAAAAAUAAACAAAGUGUCACUAUUCAUUAUAUCAUAAAGAAAACUACUAGCGUAUAUGGAUUAUUAUAAAUACCAUUACUAUUGUCAUUAUUUUAUUAUUGAUUAUUAUAUAUGGUUAACAUAGAGCUUUAUUAUUAUUAUAUAUUAUAUAUAUAUUUUAACGAUUGAAUCCUCCCCGAGGGUGAGAAAGCGAAAAGAAAAAAUGAAAAAGGUAACUGCUGUACGUUUGCAUUAUUAUUGUCGCCUAUCUAUGAUCAUUACGUUCGGAGCGAUGAUGAUUUGUCGGUCAGUAAGCGCGAGUGUGCGAGAUGUUUAGUCCUCUUCAUUGUUACGUGCGAAAGUGAGAGGCAGAGAGGAUCUGCGCGAGUCAGCGCUGUAUGUGUGUGUGCGUGUAUCCCAUCACGAAUAAUUAAUUAACCAAGGUUUAAAUGAGAUAUCGCGAGCUGAGAAUGUUACGGGGGAUUGAUGAAUAAUUUAAACUGAGCGGCAAGAACUUGUGCAACCACGGAUUAAUAAAAUGACGUACACAUUAAUAUACACACAUCUGCGACUAUUACGGUUAAUAUUUCAGUGUAUCAGCAUAAUGACAUAUUAUUAUUACAAUGAUGUUGCCCAUAGAAUACAUUUUAC